GGAGAGAGAGAGAGGGAGGGCUGUGUGGCGUGAGGCAGUGCGUGUGCUCAGUGUUUAGGUGAAUCCACAGCCCUCUGGCUCACAAGAAUAAAGGAUCCUCACAGAGGAAGAGAAAGAAAAGCAACCCAGGGACUCUUUUUUCCUCUUUUAUUUUACAUCCUCUGUCUCUCAUUCCCUCACUAGCCACCAGUUCCCGGCGUCUGCGUUUUGUCUCUGCUUCUCUGCUCUUUGUCCUCCUCUUUUGUUCCCUGCAUCCAUCUCUGCUUCACCUCGCUCCGGAGAGAAGGAAGGAAGAGCAGAGUCAGAGGCAGCAUCCUCCCCUCCUGCACGCCCAGCCGGUGGUGGGUGCUGAUGCUGUAGCCACUGUGUGGAGCUGACAAGCCUUGGUUGAUGCAGUGAAGUGUUCCAGAGGGAUAAAAAUAAGCGAAGGUCGCCAGCCAUGGGGAACCUCAUUAAGGUCCUUGGCAAGGAUUUAGAGAACUGUCCACAUUUUUUCCUGGACUUUGAAAAUGCCCAGCCCACGGAGGCGGAGACAGCCGUGUGGAACCAGGUCAGCGCUGUGCUGGAAGAGGCUCAUGGGAUCCUGGCCGAGCUGCAGUCCUAUAAUGGCGCAGGCCAGGAGAUACGAGAAGCCAUCCAGAACCCAGGUGACCUUGCUCUGCAGGAGAAGGCCUGGAACGCAGUCUGCCCCCUGGUGGCCAAGCUGAAGAGAUUCUACGAGUUCUCCCUCCGACUGGAGAACGCCCUGCGGAGCCUGCUGGAGGCGCUGACGAGCCCGCCCUACGCUCCAAUGCAGCACCUGGAGAGAGAGCAGGCCCUGGCCAAACAGUUUGCUGAGAUCCUUCACUUUACGCUCAGCUUCGAUGAACUAAAGAUGACAAACCCUGCCAUUCAGAAUGACUUCAGCUACUACAGGAGGACCAUCAGCAGGAACAGGCUGAACAACCAGCAGCUGGAAGCCGAGAACGAGGUUAACAACGAGAUGGCCAAUCGGAUGUCCCUGUUCUACGCUGAAGCGACACCAAUGCUGAAGACUCUGAGCAACGCCACCACCAAGUUUGUUUCAGAGAAUAAGACCUUGCCCAUAGAGGACACCACAGACUGUCUGAGCACCAUGGCCUGUGUCUGUCGUGUCAUGCUGGAGACACCGGAGUAUCGCUGUCGGUUCACCAACACAGACACCAUGCUGUUCUGUAUGAGGGUGAUGGUGGGUGUCAUCAUCCUCUAUGAUCACGUUCACCCUGUCGGAGCUUUUGCCAAGACCUCCAAAAUUGAUAUGAAGGGCUGCAUCAAGGUGCUGAAAGAGCAACCGUCCAACAGUGUGGAGGGACUUCUGAACGCACUGAGGUAUACAACACGGCAUCUAAAUGAUGACAGCACCUCCAAACAAAUCAGGGCCCUCCUGCAAUGAGCAGAGGAGGAGAGAGGGAGGAAGAGAGGGAAGGAGUGCACUUGAAGGAGGAGGAGGAGGAGGAAGAAGAAGAAGAAGAAGAGGAGGAGGAAGAAGAAACAAACACAAGUGGCUGAUGAACCUGUUUGUUUACAAUGAACAAAGCAACCUGAUGAUAAUAAGAAGAGGAAAGUAAUUAUAUAUAUUGUCAGCUGUCCAUCAUUCUGUCUCUCAUUUUGUAAAGUAAGAAAAGAGAAAAAAGCCAGAAAAGAAAAUAUAGAUAUAUAUUAAAACAAGUGAAACACAAGCAGCAGAUGAAAAAUAGGUAGUUUAAAGAAGAAGCUAUAUUGGAAAAAAUUUAAGGUCAGAACUUGAAGUUAAGUGAUAAUGUACAAAAAAAAAGGGUUCAUGUUCCAACGGUAGUCUGACAAGUAUUUUUGCACACACUUUGAAAACAAUGCCAUCUCCUUUUCCCAAUGAAAUCUGGUCCCAAACUGGUUCCCGCAGACUUUCGCCCCCCCCCAUAGCUCAGAUUUGCUGGCACGGCUCGGCCUCCUUCAGCUGCACCGAUCUCCACCCAGUGAGGUAAUAUGAUGGAGACAUGACUCCGGAGAUUUGCUUCUACCUGUUUUCAUUUUUUUUUUCUACAUCGAUGCAACUGAAGGACAGGAGGCACACGUGUUUUUAGGAAGCUUCCAUUUUGACCACAUUUUCUUCCCUGUUACCCAUCACCCCCUUUGCCCACCCGAUCGAUCCGUCCAUGGGAUGCGUGUUUCUUUCUCCAUGUUCCGGCACAAAACAUCUCAUGAGCCGUCUGGCUUUACUUGAACAGUGUUCACCCUCUCUCUUUCUCUCCAUGGUGCUAAUGUGGUUUAGAUAUCACAGUCUGAGCUUCUUAGAUCUCAUUUGGCAGGAAAACAAAGGGUUUCUUCAUCCUCCUGUUUGCAUUAAUAUGUAAAAACUCAUGGUCUAAUAUCAGCAGAUCUGCUCUCAGCUUUUCUGUGGUUUCAUAUUAGUGCACAAAAGUGGACAAAUCUGAGUAAGAUCCAUUUAAGUCAUUCUAGGAAAUUGCAGCACACGUACUUCUUCACCCAGUGCCAAAGCUGACUGGUUCACGCUCGAAUUACAUCAUCACGCCAAGGCUGGAGGAGGUGGGGUUGAGAGGGGGUAAAAAAAAA